UUCGCUUAUUGCUCGCUUGCUAUAAUUAAUAAAAUCCUCUUUAAUUAAGUCAUAUCACUCUCUUUGAGUGAAUUUAUAACAAUUUGGUGCCCCGUGACUCGGAUGCAAUCUGUAGGACGGAUCCUCGGCACUUCCGGGAGGCGCCCCGCUAAGAUUUAGCGGCCCGGGGGGGGCCGGUUCCUGCCUCAAUUGCACCGACGAACCUAAAAUUAAGGCAAUAAGCAAAAGGGAGACCGGUCGACCCCUUAAAUUCUGUGCACAGAGUCCGGACGAAGACGCGGGACGCGUACAACCCGGAGAGUGGGUGCUGAUAAGAAGUUGGAAAGAGAAUCCCCUAACACCGAAGUGGGAGGGACCGUAUCAAGUCCUACUAACAACUGAUUCUGCAGUUUGAACAGCGGAGAAGGGAUGGACGCAUGCCAGUUGGAUAAAGGGACCUGUGGAACCACCAAAAACUAAUAACUGGGAAGUGGUUAGCCCGGCUGGGGACUUGAGACUUAAGAUAACCCGAACAAAAUAACAUCCAAGAACUAUUAACUUGCUUAGAAACUUAUGAAUAGUAAACUCCAUAAAGGCUUCUAUAUAGAAUAUAAGAUACCUCCAUCUAGUGGUGAGGAAAUAUAUAAUAGAAGUUUUAAAAUAGGCUGUGCUUUAUGCCAGAAUUGUUAUCCUUUUGUUUGUUUUAAAUGUAUAAUAUGUGAAGAGCACUGGUGGACCCACUGUCAUAGAGGCUACCCACCAAGAGGGGUGUGUAGAUUUUGCUACACUGCCCAGAGGAGACUCACUAAUUGGGCCCUAGUUACCAGAAUACGAGCAGGAGAGUUUGAAACGGGAUCAGAUAAGUGGUGGGCGAUAUAUUCAAAAGGAGUAAACCCCUUGUAUUAUUGUUACCAUCCAAACGAACCUGCGCCUUUUGUAGCAAAUAUAGUAGCUUCGUUGUGCAGACGGUGGCUCCAAGAAUUGAGAUGCAAUACCCCUUUAGUAAAGCAUAAAAAUUGGGAAAAAUACAUACAAAGAAUCAAUAAAAGAAGGAGUAAUUUCCCUCCUGAGGAGUACUCUUGCUGCCGAGAAGAUGGUACACCCCGUGUCCCGCGGCAACCGGGUUGACGACGGGAGAGGCAGAGGAGUAAUAAACUGUGGAGGGAAACACUCCAAUAUACAUGGGACCAAAAGGUCAUGGUCUUGGAAAUGCCACAAGAGUGGGAAUAAGACAACCCAGCGAAAUAAUUUCUGGGGGAUCCAAAUUGACACUUCACAAAGGAAAAGCCUCUAUUAUAGCAGGGGAAGCAAAUGCUCAUUAAAGAAGUCAGUAACAUUUAUAAUCUUAAUCAGCACAUUUAACAUUUGUAUAAGUAAGACUCACAAACCCUUCAAUUGGUCUUUAAUCCUAUGGGAAGACCAGGUUAUUAUUCAAUCACAGAUCACCUCUGGAGCCCCUAGCUUUCAAGUUACACUAGAUUCUCUCAUUAAGUGGAAGGGUACUAGUCGUAUCCCGCCUGGGCGUAAGGUACUAUAUAUGGGCCCAGCUUCUAAUCCAGGCAGAGAAUAUUGUAAUUACCCUGGGGAAUUUUACUGUAGAUAUUGGGGCUGUGAGACAAUUUCCAUGGGGUGGAAAGUACAGAACCCAGAUAAGUAUCUAAAGGUUGAACGGGGUCCACACGGAUGUAUAAAACCCUGGAUAGGCCCCUCAGGGGAAGUAACAUAUGUUGGGACUUGCAAAUUUCACUACAUCAAUAUCACACAAUCCCAAGACCCUGGGUGGUUAUUGGGACGAUCCUGGGGUCUCAGGGUAUGGGAACCCGGAAAGGAUCGGGGAGUGCACAUUCUUAUAAAGAAAGAGAUGGUUCCACAUGAUUUGGGAUCUGUUGGACCAAAUCCAGUGGUGUGGAGAGCAGUAGACCCUAAAGUAAGAGAUCAGAAUAACCAUUCAGAAAAACUAGAAAAUAGCACCCAAGUAACAACCACGGUAGAGGCACCCCAAGAAUUUAGAAACGAAGCUCUUUGGAAAAUUUUGCAAGCUACCUUUAAAGUAUUAAAUGAUACACACCCAAAUUUAACUAGAGAAUUUGGUUAUGCUAUAACAUUAACCCACCCUUUUAUGAGGCCAUAGGCUCCAUAGCAGAACCAAAAAGAGUAAACGGCACCAAUCCUGCUGCCUGCUUAUGGAAAUUGGGAAGGGAAGACACCCCAGGAAUAACAUUAUCUCGAGUCACUGGAAAAGGGAAAUGUGUGGGAAAUGUGCCCCCAGAUAAGAAUCAUUUAUGUCAGACAAAAAUACAGAUUAAUGACCCUCGCAAGCCAGCUCAGUGGCUGAUUCCAGCACCUAAUACUAAAUGGGUUUGUAACACUUUAGGAGUAACCCCAUGUGUUUCUAUAACAGCCUUAAAUGAAACCUAUGAAUUUUGCAUACAGGUUAUAAUAAUUCCCUGGAUUAUUUAUCAUUCUGAAGCAUAUAUGUAUAUACAAUACCAAAACCCGGAACACCAUUUGGUGAAGCGAGAACCCCUCACAGCACUAACAGUAGCCGUAUUGCUAGGCAUAGGAGGGGCUGGAUUAGGAACAGGUGUAGAAUCCUUAGUUAAUCAACACCAGGGGCUUAGAGAGCUUAGAAUUUCAGUAGAUGAGGAUUUAAGGAGAACUGAUAAAUCUAUAAAAGACCUCACAGACUCCCUAGACUCACUGGCUGAAGUGGCCUUGCAAAAUAGAAGGGGAUUAAACCUAUUAUUUUUACAACACGGAGGCUUUUGUGCUGCACCUAAGGAAAAAUGUUGUGUAUAUGUAAAUAAAAGCGGGAUAGUAAGAGAAACCAUGGCCAAAAUUACAAGAAAGACUGGAAAAGAGAAAGAGAGAGCAAGAAAUGCAGCAGAGUUGGUACGAAUCCUGGUUUAAUUAUUCUCCCUGGCAAACAACUUUACUAUCUAGCAUAGCAGGGCCGCUAAUUUUACUAAUCCUAGGACUUACUUUUGGCCCUUGCAUUCUUAGUAAAAUUAUUAACAUCAUAAAAAGCAGGUUAGAAACAGCUCACCUUAUGUUUAUACAAACCAAAUAUGAAGCCUUAAAUGGGGAAGAAACUGAAGAUUAUUUAGAACUAAGUAAAAGGGAAUUACAAAGAUUUAGCGAACAAAAGAAGGGAAUAGAAAAAGGGGGGGGUUGUGAUAAACAGAGACCCUUUUGUUCGACUAAACAUGUAGAUAUGAUGCUCUGUAAUGCUAUGUUCUGUAAAAUCAAGAUUAUAUUGAAGGUUGUUACUGACGCUUGUAUAAUUUUUAUGGCCUUGCUAAGAUUCCUUGAAUUCCAGAAAGUUACUGAGCUAAGCCUUUAAAGAGAACAGUGAAGAAAGGUGAAGAAGAUAAGACUGAGGAAGACUUCCGAUCUUCCUCUUGCGACCACUAGAAGGCAGAAAAAGACCCCCUAACAAAUGGAGACGCAUGCGCAGAGACACGCGAGAAAGGACACGUCGUCGGAGAGCCGGACCGAUUAAAAGGGGACGCACGGAAAACGGAAGUACGGCAGCGGCGAAGUGGGACCACUUCCCGGCCGUCCAGCGCUGUCCUUUCGCUUAUUGCUCGCUUGUAUCAUGGGUUAACUUCACCUUUAAAACCGAGUGAAAAAAAAGAGGAAGUUGAAGCUACUGGUGACUGAUGGGAGUUUUUCUUCUUGACCAAUUAUCAGUCAUUUCAAGAAUUGACAGCAGAUCUGACCAUUAAAAAGUGAAUUCAACUUGUAAACACUCCCUUAAGAAGUACACUCAGAGCUGUCUCGUUCUCUUUUUUGUUUCCGGCUCUGGAGAGGUAACAAGCUCCGUCUUGGCUUUUCCCCCCCCUCCCAGGCCCGGGACAAGGCCGCAGGGAGGGGGGGGAGGAGAGAAAAGCAGUUUAGCAGUUUUGUUUAGUUUUCAAAGUCUGUUGCUAGACUGAAACUGGACACUAUGAACUUUUGUAGCUUUCUUCUUUUAACUCCUUUAUUACCUAGAUAAACAACAGAUUACUCUUUUUUCUUAGAACAAACAGAGAAAGAGAGACAAUUAACAUGUAAGACAUCAUAAACCUACCAGAAACAGUGAAGAAAAGAGUUAAGUUUAAAUAAGAAAGAGAGAAAAAGAAGAUGCUUGUUGCUGAAAAGUCUUUCUGUUGCAGCUAUGGAGAUGGACAGUAGUUUAAAGACUCCUUUAAUUCAUGGCUAGAGUAUGGGAGGAAUAGAGUAUUCAAAGUGUGGACUUUAAAGAAAAGAAAAAUGAUUAUGAUCCUGUGAGUUGCUGGAACUUGCGAGUGAAGUGAAGAUUUUAAAGCCUUAAAGGAGCCAGGGAGAUGGCUGUUUUCCAGGAGGGCUCACAGGGACAACUGAAAAAGAUUUCUGCUUUGAAUCACUUAUCCUUAAAAAUAGCAUCCCUAGAUUCAAUUUGACCCAUUGCACACCUCAGAGUGGUGUGAGAUGGGAGGAGUGGACUCUAGAAACUCCAUGGAUUAGCAGAAAGAGACUUCUGUUUCUCUGCGGGGACUGAUGAAAAGACUCUAAAAUUGAAACUGUUUUUGACCACCAAGAUUAUAAAACUUUUUUUGUCUCUAUGUUGUUAUGUGUACAAAGAAAUGAUCAAGUAGUGAAAAGUAAAAGGGUUCUCUGAAAGUUUAUUUUGGUAUUUUUAUUCUAGUAGUUUGUUAAUAAACUGUCUUUAUUCCUUUAA